AUGUCAUCAAAUGGGCUUGAGAUUAACUUCAACGUUCACUGCCACUUAAUACGACAGUUCGAGUCGGUGUUCAUCGUUGGAAACGUCCGCCAACUGGGGAAGUGGGAACCUGACAGAGCGGUCGAGUUGGAGAGGGAUCCGGUCAAAAAGUAACGUUUUUUUGUUUUUUUGGUUUUUAGGUAGAUUUAUCAUUGGCUGGGGGAAAAUUUGUGGUCUUUUAGAAAUAGGCUACCUUAAAUGGAUUACCUUACUGAAUAUGUCACUCCUCUCCUGCUACCCUUAAAUGUAAACUCAUUUUAACCCUACCCAAGCCUACUCCUGACCAUUUUAGCCUUCCCUAAGGUUAAGCCUGUCUAUUUCAGUUUUAUCUAAUUUUCUACCCCUGCCUAUUAUGGCAUUAUCCAAGCCUAUCCCUGCUCAUUUUAGCUUGGCUCAAGCUUAUUCCUGUUUACUUUAGUCCUACUUAAGUCUAUUUUUGUCAAUUAUAGACCUAGCCCUCUUCAUUUUAGCAAUUUUUAUAAUUUAAAAAAAAAUCCAAUAUUAACUUCAAACUUUUAGCCUAUGGCACACGACCAUUAAAUUCGAGCCUCGACCGAAAGAACCAUUGAAAUUCAGAUAUUUUAUUGGAUAUUACUUGCAAGCCUCUAACGAUCAGUCCAGUAAGACUAGGAUAGUCAGUCGAUGGGAGGCUCAAUGGACGCCACGAUCUCUGAUUCCCUUAUCAGACGAGCCUGUCAUUCAUCAGAAUCAUGAGUUCGGCAUUUAUGGUAGGGUAAAAUACGACUUUUUACGUUCUCGAUUUAAAAAAUUUAAAAUUUUUUGAAAUUUUAAAAUUUAAAAUUCUUUUAAAAAUUUUUAUUUUUUUCAAAAUUUUUAAAAACUAAUUUUAUUAUAGAUGGAAAAAAGUUGAUAGCAGAUGGCUGGCUAAACCACCAAGUCCAGACUGAAGUCAGACUAUUUUUAUAUGACCGUUGUAUGACAUUCUACAAAGAGCGACAUCAACAGCGACAAUACUACAUCAAGAUAACUCCAUUCGACUUGAGGAGGAAGGAGGUGGGUUAUGAAGAUUAUUGUGUAAUAGUGGGUUGUUCAAAUAAUUCUGUGCCUUCUAACGUCAAAAAUGUGCUUUGAAAGGGACUCAGGAUUUUUUGAACAACCUAAUAACAUAUCGGGGCUAUAGCUACAUAUAUAGAUGAGGAGGGUUUGGUAGUAGUUAGGUUAUUGAUGAGUAGGAUGUGGUAUCAGAUUGGUCAAAAAUUACGUAGAAAUCAUGAAGUAUAAGUAAAUAACGGUAAAAUAAUGAUUCUAAGAACUUUUUGACCGAAAUAUACAAAUUUUGCUUGCACAUGUAUGAUAUUAAACGCGUAUUUUACAUAGCAAACCAUGUUUAAAAAUUAAAUCUUCUACCGUAAGGUGUAUACUGAUGAUAGUAAUCAAACAAAAAGUUCAAAAAAAUUAAAAAAUGAAAAAGACAUUACCAUAGCAUACUGUAUUUCAGGAAUACAACCCUUAUAACCGAGCCCAAAAGGGCCGCACGUUGUGGCGAAUGUCAUCUGUAUAUACGAACAGUGUAAUAUAUGUGUAUAUAUAUGUGUUGUGAGGCCUUAAUACUGUAUAUAUUGUAUAGUGUUAGUACUGUAUAGUAUUGUGUAGUACUAUACAUAAUAUUUUGUGGUGUCAGUACUGUAUAGUAUUGUAGAGAUACAUAUACCUUCAUAUUGGAUAUUCAUGCCAAUCUUACGGUAAUAUACCUAAGGUAAUGUAAUAUUUUCAGGCAGGAAGUCUAGAAGACGAAACAGAUGACAAAGAUGCCUCUAAUCCUACCCAAUUACCUGCACUUCCAAGCUUUUCUCAAACUGAAAUUGCUGUAAGUCUAUGUCAAUAUAUUAGGUUUUUCAAAUAAUUCUGUGCUUCAUAAAUCUUUUGUAGGUAUUGUCAAAGCACGACGCAGAUCCAACGUUUUCUGACCAAAAAGUGUCUGGGCAGCUCUACUACAACACUAGUAUAUUCAUCUUCAGAACACAGUCGAUUGCCCCGGAGUUUUUGGUAUGAUGACAUUUUGAAUGAAAGUUUAGUCUAAUUUAAAAGUUUUUAAAGUUUUAAGUUCAAAAUAGGUUUCAAAAAGCUAAAAUUUUCAAAAAAAAGUUAUUUUGUUGUCAAGCUAUGGAUGAACUGUUCAAAGAGGACGGCAUUAUUUGGCUCAUUCAUUGUUGGACUAUACGAUAAAUUUCAACAAUUAAAAAAAAGUUGUUUAUUUCAAUUUUUUUUAAACGUAAUAUUAUAGGCCUUUCGAAUAGAAUUGUUCACAGAACACCGUACCAAGAAGCCCACCCAACCUCCUACCAUCGAAGAAGACGAAGUCUGUGAAACAACCCUCGAAACGUGUGGAAUAUCGAGGAAAACUCACAACUCGCUACUGAAGGAAGUGAGCUAUGUCACCGAGAAUAAGAGGUCAAUCAAGGUGGAUCGAGUUGGCAUAGCCUACUUUAUGUUUUCGGCCAAAAUGGACACUUGUGGCCAAAGUCAGGUACCUAUACUGGCCAAGAACCAAAUGCCUAUUGGGCAGUUGAAAGGUGGGUGCAUAUCUAUAAGUAGGUGGGAAUUGAUGAAAAUGACUUUCUCUAAAUUAGUUUUGGAUUAUUUUUCUUUGAAAAGUUUAAAAUUUUGAGUUAAAACACGAGCUCUAACUUUUUUUAUGUUAUAGUAGACUACUUACUGAUCAAAGCACUGUCUCAUGACCUCACAACCAGACUCACAAUGGAAAGAUGUUACACACGACAUUGGAAAAAACGAAAAACUGUUGAAGUCGGCCACAGAGGUUUUGGAAAUUCGUAUACAAAGUGAGUUUUACUUCGAAAUGUACCUUCCUUCUCUUCAUAUUGCUUUUGAAAAUUGAAAUAACGUUUAUUAGUGAACUUUUUGAAAGUAGAAUUGAAUAUAAAAAUUUAAAAAAGUUGCAAAAACAGAACUUUUACUGUUUUAAUUAUGUUAGAAUGUAAAAUAAUGAUAAGAGUUAGGCGAAAACAACUUAAAAAAGGCAAAAAAGACACUAGGUCCCGGCGGGGGUCGAACCCGCAAUCUUCUGAUUAGAAGUCAGACGCGUUAUCCAUUACGCCACGGGACCACACGCUCUUAUUCUCUUUUUUCUCUCUCAAAACGAAAGGAAGAAAGGAAAAGAAAUGAAGAGGGGUUUUUUGCAAGGUUAGUUGGAGAAGAGGGGUUUUGUGACAAAAACGUUUGAAUUUUGUAUUUUUGUCAUCAAAAAACUUUUUAAUGUUUAAAAAAAUAAAGGGAGGCUAAUAUCCAAAAUUCAAAAAAAAAUUGUAAUUAAAAACUUAAAGUACUGGUUUUAAGAGCAUCGACAGUCCGAGAAAACACGAUUCACUCAUUGAGCCAUGCUUCUCAAAAAGGUGCUGAUUUUGUGGAAUUUGACGUUCAAUUGACCAAAGACAAGAUUGCGGUCGUUUUUCACGAUUUUCAUGUCCUGGUUGCUGUAGCGAAAAGAAGCACAUCGAGCAAAGAAAUCGACGUGAAUCGAGGUACAGAUGCAGCAGCUUUUGGCAAAAGUGGCCCUCAGAAGCCACAUCCAGAGAAUAUUCAGAUUGGGAAUGCUGAUUACCAUGAAAUCGCUGUAAAGGACCUGCGGUUACAGCAAUUGAGGCUACUACAUGUAAGUUGUUCUAUUAUAGUAGGUCAGGGUUAGAAGGUUUGGAAAAAAGUCAUUUUAAACCAAAAAAUGUAUAGAUAAGAGGUUACGUUUAAAAAGAAUAAUAUGGCUUUUUUAAACUAUUUCAACUGUACCUUUUUAGGUAGAGCACUAUCAAGCCCAAGAAAACAAGAAUAUGUUGAAAGUGACAGGAGCACCAGAUGAAUCUGACGAACAUCGACCCUUUCCAACACUAGUAGACGUACUGAGACGGGUACCAGCUUAUACGGGUUUUAAUGUAGAGGUCAAGUACCCCAUGGAGCUGCUGGAUGGAUCACAUGAAUGUAAAAACUAUUUUGAAAGGAACGAAUUUAUCGACCGCAUCCUGCACGAUGUCAUUGAAAAUGCUGGCACCAGAAGGAUAGUGUUUUCGAGCUUCGAACCUGACAUUUGCUCAAUGUAAGUGCGCUUACUAUGACGUUUUAGGGGUUUAUCAAGGUUUUUUUUACGGUUCAAGAGUUCAACUUUUUAAAGAAAACAUUUAUAAUGUUGUUCAAAGCUCAUUUUUGCAGGAUCGCCAGAAAGCAGUGCCUAUUCCCAACGUUAUUCCUAUGUGUUGGAGCUACGGAACGAUACGUGCCAUUCGUGGACAAACGAUCCGUCGACUCUGUUGUAGCUGCUAAUUUCGCGAAAUCCGAAAAGAUUUUGGGAUGUAAUUUUCAUUCAGAAGAGCUACUGAAAGAUCGCCGACCGGUCGAAAGAGCCAAAAGGCUACGUUUAGUCAGCUUUGUCUGGGGCGACGAUCUGGAUGCACCGAAAAACAUUGACUAUUUUAGAAGAGAUUUAUGUGUUGAGGGCAUUAUUUAUGAUAAGUAAGUAUUUGAUUACUUUGAUACGUUGCUUGAAUUUUUUGUUAGCAUAGUAGUAUUUUUUUAAUUUAAAAAUUGAGAAGACAAGAACAUCAGGGUUUAUAAUUAGUAUUUAUAAAAAAAUAAGGUUUAUGACAACAAACUAAAUGUGUAAACUUUGCCAUUAUCACAUCUUUUUUAGUUUUGAAAUGAUAGCCACGUUAAAAAGAAGCAAAAAAACAAUAGGUCCCGGCGGGGGUCGAACCCGCAAUCUUCUGAUUAGAAGUCAGACGCGUUAUCCAUUACGCCACGGGACCACGGUCUCCUUCCUCUUACUUUUCUUUUUGUCUUUUUUCGAUCGGAACGUUGAUCUAUUUUCUCGUAAUUUUAAAAACCUCAAUUAUUUCCGUCAUAUUUUAACAUUAUUUUUUAAUAGCUUUAUAUGAAUUUAGGUAUAAAAAUACGUUUUUUCUUUUAGUUUUCACUUUUUUGAUUGUGUUUGCCACACACUCUGACUCUAUUCAUUUCAGAAUUGGUGAAACGGAAGAACGCAAAAACGUGUUUAUAGUGGAAAGAGAACAACGAAACUCACUGUUCCAAUCCCCAGUACCAUCGAGACGAGGAUCCGCCGAUAACCCACAGAAUAUUACAAGUCAAACCAACAGUUUGAGCUUGAGUCAAGCAGCAGCUUCAUUGCUUUUGGCCGGUGACAGACAGAAACGGUCGAGUUUGGACUCGUCGAAAGAUAGAUAA